AUGAAUUCGCUCCUAUUCGGGCUCACUGUUAUCGGACUUGCACUAUGUGGCUAUCCUGAGAUGCCUCUUGGCAAACAUGGAAAACAAGGCCCACCUCCACCGCCUUUUCUUAGGAAUGUGACUCAAACAGCCAAAAAAGAAUACUUCGACAUUCUGAAACGAACUAAUGAGACCAUUCGUCAGCAGAAGGAAGAAAUCAUGGAAUGGGGGAAGAAAUAUGGCGUAGAGGCUAAAGUUCAAGAAUUUGAGAUCAACAUGACAAAACACAGAGCUGAAGUGAAACAGAAUGUUACUGAGUUGCUUGCUAGACUACCAGCUGCAUAUCAGCACCUUACCACUAUUAUGGACAACGAGGAACAGACACCGAUUCAAAUGCGUGACGCGAUAGGAGCGUUCAAGAAUCAAAGCAAAGUGGAAUUCAGCGUGCUGACAUUUGCCGCUGGACAAUUUAGGCCCCGAAAAGGCGGUCCACGUAGGGAUCAUGAACGCUCUGGUGUGAAAUCUCUUAAUAAGGGCAACAACUCCCACUGA